CCAGCCGGCGGAGUCAGAGCCCUCGUUGUCGGGGACGUGCUGCGGCGCCUGGUUGGACGGGCGCUCGCCCGUGUCCUACGCGUUGCAGCUGAGGUCGACCCGCGUGCUACGGUGCUGUCGGUCGAUGCAGCUGGGGCAUUCGACCACGUCUCCCGGGCUGCGAUGCUGGCGGCGUUGCAUGCGCAACCAACGCUACAGCCUCUCCUCCCUUUUCCCCCACAGUUCUACGCCACGGCUAGCCGCUACGUGUGGACGGACGACCGAGGAUGCAGCCAUGAGGUCUGCCAAGCUGAGGGCGGCGAGCAAGGGGACCCCCUCAUGCCCGGGCUGUACUCCCUGGCCGCGCACGCUGCUCUGCAAGGUCCAAUCACAGCUCCGGGAUGGCGAAGCUGUUUUUGCCUUCUUGGACGACAUCUACGUCGAAUCUACGUCGUUGCUGCACCUGAGCGGGUCCUCCGGCUGUAUGAGCACGUCGAGGUCGCCCUGUGGGAGCAUGCGCGCGUCCGCCUCAACCGCUCCAAAACCAAGGCCUGGAAUGCCGCUGGCGAGGAACCGCAGGGCAUCCGGGACCUCCAGCCCGAGGGCGGUGAUCCGGUAUGGGUUGGGGAUUGGGCGUUGCCCCAGGAUCAGCAGGGUCUCGUCGCGCUGGGCACGCCGCGGGCAAACUACUUGCUGCGAGUACUGCCCCACGCGCUCAGCGAGGAAUAC